ACUACUAGCUGUAUGCUUGGGUGCAUGCGCUCUAGCGCAAAGACUAGAGAAGAGUUCUUGACCCUUCUCCACCGAAGAUAAUGGCUAAGCCUAUUCAACUUAUGAUGUGUGAUGCAUACAUUUCGUCCCCUAUUUUAUGGUGGAACAUAUGAUAUGAUGGAGUUACGGUGGUUACCUUUCAACAGGUUCUGACGUUUGAUGUUUUGGAUUUACCCUGGCCAUGUGAGCGGCUGCUCUGUUAUUUUCUAUUCUUGUUUUCUAUUUUUUUUCCUUCCCCUUUUCUUUGUUGAGUGCAGACUCAACCUGUAUAGAUUCGAUGACUCAUAUGGCCCUCCCUGCUUUUCAUACCCGUCAUGCAGACACAGCUUGUGUUCAAUGAUUUAUGUUGAAAAUUUGCAAGAUAUGGAUAGAUGUGGCAAAUAUCCAACAGAGGGAUUCUGCAGGGGAAAUGUCGUUGCGGGCUCCAGUUUUUGGACUUGCCUGGUUGUGGUGGACGACUUGGAUUUAUAUACUGCACUUGCAUACCCUCUGGUGACAUUUUCAACACUCACUUUUCUUUCUUUACCUUGGACUCUGGUUCUACUUCAGAUAUCCAUCGACAUCACUUCCAAUCCUAGUGGAUUCUUGUGAAGGAUACUCAACAUCACUUACCAUACUCGUGUAUACUUUCAACUAAUAUAUGCAUAUUCCG